AUGCUAACGACAGUAACUUUUCGCGGGUUUUCAGUUUCGGUUCGUCGGUUCCAUUACGUUCAGGGCCAGAUAAGUUUAUCAAAUGUUAGGGAAUAUUUCUACUACAUCGACCACCGAGGACAGUUGUUUUUGGAUGAUGCUAAAAUAAAAAACUUCACCACUUGUUUCAAAGAUAAAAAGUUUUUAAAAUUUUUCUACACACAUUUGAAGCUGAACGUCGCAGGAAAGUAUGGAAAGCUAUUUCCAUUUAUAUCUCCAUGCGGACCAGAAAUGAACUUCAUUCGUUGCAACAGCUUACCGAUUGUUUAUAAUAAAAUAAUUUCACAAACUGCAGAUCUGAGUUCUGAUUUGCUGUUAUACGCUGGGGAGCAAUUAUCUCAAUCGUUCGUGCCAUCAAAGUUAUUUGUUGAGUCUGUUUCUGGUAGGUUAUAUCAUCCAGGCCCCAAUAUCUGUGGAGGUGUUGGUCUGGUGGCCUCCGAUCUAGCCCAAGAAAUUAGUGACAAAUUUAUUUUUGAAAGUUUAAAAGGUAAUUCACAAGCUCAUAUGCAGGUUACUGAUGUGUUUAAUCACUCACUGAUAAGUAAUAACGAUUUAUCAUAUCACUGUACAUUUCAGAUGUUAAUAUUCAUUUGA